AUGUCUCUCGUCGGCAAUUUCGCGUUCAAUAACUACGAUCGCCAGGCCGAAAGUUCUGGCAUCGGUCAAUCCGGCACUGCUUUCACGCGCCGCAACAGCUACUACGACGACAAUGAAGCCGGCACCCGCAUCAGCGCCGCAGGCAACAGAAGGUCGUCAGUAGCCUCCAAUCUUGGCCUGUCACGGACAAGGAGUAUGAACAGAAGCGGAGCAAGACGUGCUCCGCCAGAGGAGCGUCCGUCUGAAGCACCAGAGACAUCUACUUACGCUCCGAUUGCCGGCUCCCAUUCCCCACCGCGGGACACACGACAAGCUCCUCCCGCGCUCAGCACUGGUAUCCACGACGGUACAUACUACCCAGAUGGUAUCCCGCCGUCAGGUUUGGAGCCCGCCGAGCCCGCCGAGCCCGCCGAAAAGAAGGUAUCCGACACUGAGUACAGCUCCGAUGAAGAAGACGCUCGGCGCGAGGAAGAGGUUCGCGCCCUUGCGAGGACGUACUCACAGGCGUCGAGAUUUUCAACCUACAGCCAAAGCCCGUUCGAGGAAGCCGCCAAAGACUCGAGAUUGGAUCCAAACUCACCGAACUUCAAUGCCAGGGCAUGGGCUAAAUCGCUUCUUCAAUUGCAAUCCCGCGAUCCCGAAAAGUAUCCGCAGCGCACAGCAGGUGUUGCGUUCAGAGAUCUGAACGUUCACGGUUACGGCACGGAAACCGACUAUCAGAAGACGGUCGGCAAUAUCUGGCUGCAAGCUGUGGGAGCCGUGAAGAAGAUCCUGCGAGUUGGCCAGCGGAAGAUUGACAUCCUACAGCACUUCGAUGGCUUGGUGGAGAGCGGGGAGAUGCUAGUUGUGCUCGGCCCGCCCGGUUCCGGCUGCUCGACGCUUCUCAAAACGAUUGCUGGAGAGACGCACGGGUUUGUGGUGGAAGAUAGCUCGUACAUUAACUACCAGGGUAUCUCAGCAAAGGACAUGCAGAGCUCGUUCCGCGGCGAGGCAAUCUACACCGCAGAGGUCGAUGUCCACUUCCCCAUGCUCAGCGUCGGCGACACACUCGCAUUUGCUGCCCGCGCCAGGGCUCCUCGUAACAUUCCCGGAGGUGUCAAGCCAUGGGACUAUGCGAACCACAUGCGGGACGUGAUUAUGGCGAUAUUCGGCAUCAGCCACACAAUCAACACACGGGUCGGGAAUGACUUCGUUCGGGGCGUCAGUGGAGGUGAACGGAAACGCGUGUCAAUUGCUGAGGCUGCGCUGUCAGCCUCCCCUUUGCAGUGCUGGGACAACUCGACUCGUGGCCUGGACAGCGCGAACGCCAUCGAAUUUUGCAAGACCCUGCGCAUGUCAACCGAUCUGAUGGGCGCCACCGCAUGCGUCGCUAUCUAUCAAGCGCCUCAGGCUGCCUAUGACAUCUUCGACAAGGUGGUCGUGCUUUACGAAGGGCGACAGAUCUACUUCGGCCGCACCGAAUCCGCAAAGCAGUACUUCGUCAACAUGGGAUUCCAGUGCCCUGACCGCCAGACCACCGCUGAUUUCCUUACUUCGAUGACGAGUCCCAUCGAGCGUGUUAUCCGUGAAGGCUUCGAGAACAGGGUUCCACGCACGUCCGAUGACUUCGCUGCGGCUUGGAAGAACAGCCCAGAGCGCGCACAGCUACUACGCGAGAUCGAGGAAUACAACGAGAGGUACCCCAUCGGCGGCGAGGCACUGGAGCGGUUCAAGCAAUCCCGCCAGGCCCAGCAAUCGAAACACCAGCGCGUCAAGUCACCUUACACACUCUCCUACGGCCAGCAGAUCAGCCUCUGUCUGUGGCGAGGCUUCCAGCGUCUGAAGGGCGACCCAAGCUUGACCUUCACUCAGCUCUUCGGCAACGUUAUCAUGGCCCUCAUCAUCGGCAGCGUCUUUUACAAUCUCCCGGAGACCACUAACAGCUUCUACCAGCGCGGCGCGAUUCUGUUCUUCGCGGUCCUUCUCAAUGCUUUCGGCAGUGCUCUGGAAAUCCUGACGCUCUACGCACAACGACCAAUUGUCGAGAAGCAUUCCAGAUACGCGCUCUAUCAUCCCUCCGCGGAAGCCUGGGCCUCCAUGCUUACGGAUAUGCCGUAUAAGAUUGGCAAUGCCAUCUUUUUCAACUUGACGCUGUACUUCAUGGCGAAUCUUCGCAGAGAGCCGGGCCCGUUCUUCUUCUUCCUGCUGAUCAGCUUCUUCCUGACGCUCACUAUGUCGAUGCUGUUCCAUCCGGUUGCAUACGGUUUCGAGUCCCUGAUGAUCAACGAGUUCCACAACCGCAACUUUUCCUGCUCUGUAUUCGUUCCUUCAGGGGGCCCCUACGAUACCGUUGAUCCCAUUCAACGCGUUUGCUCUGCUGUCGGAUCAACACCCGGGUCUGCAGUGGUCAACGGCGACGUCUAUAUCAACACCGCAUUCAACUACUAUCACGCCAACAAGUGGAGGAAUUUCGGCAUCAUCAUUGCCUUUAUGAUCUUCUUGAUGUGCACGUACCUCGCAGCUGCGGAGUAUAUCUCGGCAAAGAAGUCCAAAGGCGAAGUUCUCGUGUUCCGACGCGGCCAUAAACCGGCUGUCAUGAAGACCUCCGCCGAUGAUCUAGAGACUGCUGGAGCUGGUGCUGCUGUGACUGAGAAGCGUGGUGAUGACCAUGCGGCGGUCAUCGAGAGACAGACGGCGAUAUUCCACUGGAAGGAUGUCUGCUACGACAUCAAGAUCAAGAGCGAAACGAGGCGUAUCUUGGACCACGUCGAUGGUUGGGUUAAGCCCGGCACCUUGACGGCGCUCAUGGGCGUGUCUGGUGCGGGAAAGACCACACUCUUGGAUGUUCUUGCCACCAGAACUACCAUGGGCGUUAUCACCGGGGAGAUGCUCGUCGAUGGCCGCCAGCGUGAUGAAUCCUUCCAGCGAAAGACAGGCUACGUCCAGCAGCAGGAUCUUCAUCUAUCCACUUCCACCGUCAGGGAAGCGCUCAACUUCAGCGCUCUUCUGCGACAACCGGCACAUGUCCCCAAGAAGGAGAAGCUCGAAUACGUUGACGAAGUCAUCAAGCUCCUCGACAUGGAAGAGUACGCUGACGCUGUUGUCGGUGUCCCCGGUGAAGGUCUAAACGUCGAGCAACGUAAGCGCCUCACCAUUGGCGUGGAACUUGCCGCCAAGCCGCAGCUACUCCUCUUCCUCGAUGAGCCAACAUCUGGUCUCGACAGUCAGACAUCGUGGGCCAUCUGCGAUCUCAUGGAGAAGCUUACAAAGAACGGGCAAGCUAUUCUGUGCACCAUCCAUCAGCCGUCGGCCAUGCUCUUCCAGCGCUUCGACCGCCUUUUAUUCCUCGCCAAGGGCGGACGGACCGUCUACUUCGGUGAGGUUGGCGAGAACUCCAAGGUCCUGACGCAAUACUUCGAGCGUAACGGAGCUCACCCGUGUCCUCCGGAUGCUAACCCAGCGGAAUGGAUGCUUGAGGUCAUCGGCGCUGCUCCUGGAACGAGUACCGACAUCGACUGGCACCAAGUCUGGCGCAACAGCCCUGAGAUGCAAGCGACCCACCAAGAACUGGAAAGGCUGAAGCAGGAACGCCCGCAGAAGACGGAGCCGGCUGCCAGCGCGAACGAUAAGGCCAGCUACAGAGAAUUCGCUGCGCCUUUCGGCAUUCAGUUCUGGCAAGUUACCAAGCGCGUCUUCCAGCAGUACUGGCGUACACCGUCCUACAUCUACUCGAAAGCGGCUCUUUGCACGUUUGCUGCCCUCUUCAUCGGCUUCUCGUUCUUCAAAGCCUCAAACAGUCAACAGGGUCUUCAAAACCAGAUGUUCUCCAUCUUCAUGUUGUUCACUAUCUUUGGCCAGCUUGUACAACAAAUCAUGCCACACUUCGUCACCCAGCGCGCCCUUUACGAAGCCCGUGAGCGGCCCAGCAAGACCUACUCCUGGAAAGCUUUCAUGCUAUCCAACAUCCUGGUCGAAAUCCCCUGGAACUCCCUCAUGGCCGUCAUCAUCUUCUUCUGCUGGUACUACCCCAUCGGGCUGUACCGCAACGCGCAGCCCACCGACUCCGUCACCGAGCGUGGAGGCCUCAUGUUCCUGCUCAUCUGGACCUUCCUACUCUUCACGAGCACCUUCACGGACAUGGUCAUCGCCGGCAUCGAAACAGCCGAGACGGGCGGCAACCUCGCCAACUUGGCCUUCAGCUUAUGCCUCGUCUUCUGCGGCGUCCUCGCAUCCCCGGAGUCUCUCCCCGGCUUCUGGAUCUUCAUGUACCGCGUCUCGCCCUUUACGUACCUCGUCUCCGCCAUGCUCUCGACCGCCGUGGCCGACACAACCGUCGUCUGCGCCGCCAACGAGCUCCUGCGCUUCGAGCCGCCCUCGGGCCAAACCUGCGCGCAGUACCUGGCGCCCUACAUCUCGGCGGCUGGCGGUUAUCUGCAGAACCCGGACGCGACGGCCGACUGCAAUUUUUGCGCGCUGAGCUCUACCAACACGUUCUUGGCGAGCGUGAGCAGCUAUUAUAGCGAGGCGUGGCGGAACUUUGGGAUCAUGUGGGCGUUUAUCGUGUUCAAUGUCUUUGCGGCGCUGGCGCUUUAUUGGUUGAUUAGGGUGCCGAAGAAGUCGGGGAAGAAGGAUAAGAAGGAGUGA